AUGACAAUUUUAUGUAAAUCAAUUACUGGUAGUAAAUAUAUGCACCAAACUGCUAAUACUAACUGUCAUGCCAUGGAUCAGUAUUCAGUGUAUUAUGACAAGAAAUAUUUAAUGCAUGAAAGUUGA